GGGUAAAGUUUCAUGCUCGGCACGUGACUCGCCAUGGCCGCUGUGCUCUCCCCGCGCCCCUGAGCCCAGCGGCGCGGCCCCUGUCCCGGACUCUCCCCCUCCGAGGUCCCAGACCGGAGCCCUUAGCCGAGGACUAGGAGGAGGGAGGGAGGGGCCGGGCGCGCCGCGCGCCGCUCCGCACCCAGACAGACCGACAGACGGACCCGCUUCUCCCGCUGCCAGUGUCAGAAGACAUGGCUUCCCCAGCGGCGCCGGCGGCACCGGAGCUCAUCUAGAUGAGGAUACCUGGCCCGGUACUCUGCCCAGCUGCCAGCCGUGGUGGGUGCAGGAAGCUGCCGCAGCCCCCACCGACCUGAGAGCAGCCCCCGUCCUUGCCCGCCGCGCCCCGGCCGGGCGGUGGCUCCGGAAGGCCAGGAUCGCCCUGUGGGGCGCUGCCCUCUUCAGCUGCAGGACAGGAAGAGGGGGUGGGUGAUCGCCCACAUCCCCUCCCAACUCCCAGCCCCAAUGAGCUGAGAAGGGGCAGCCAGAAGCCCCUCAAACCCUCCCAGCUGGACUCUCCGUCUGUGUCUCUGACUCUCAUCGGGGCAUGGCCAGCAAUAGCAGCUCAUGCCCGACGCCUGGGGGUGGGCACCUUAACGGGUACCCGGUGCCUCACUAUGCCUUCUUCUUCCCCCCCAUGCUGGGCGGACUUUCUCCACCUGGCACCUUGACAAGCAUCCAGCACCAGCUUCCUGUCAGCGGGUACAGCACUCCAUCACCAGCCACCAUUGAAACUCAGAGCAGCAGCUCGGAGGAGAUUGUGCCCAGCCCCCCCUCGCCACCUCCUCUCCCCCGAAUCUACAAGCCGUGUUUUGUCUGCCAGGACAAGUCCUCGGGGUACCACUAUGGGGUCAGUGCCUGUGAAGGAUGUAAGGGCUUCUUUCGUCGAAGCAUCCAGAAAAACAUGGUGUACACGUGUCACCGAGACAAGAACUGCAUCAUCAACAAGGUGACGAGGAACCGCUGUCAGUACUGCCGGCUACAGAAAUGCUUCGAAGUGGGCAUGUCCAAGGAGUCUGUGAGGAACGAUCGGAAUAAGAAAAAGAAAGAGACGCCUAAAGCCGAGUGUUCCGAGAGCUACACGCUGACCCCUGAGGUGGAGGAGUUGAUUGAGAAGGUUCGAAAAGCCCAUCAGGAAACCUUCCCCGCCCUCUGCCAGCUCGGGAAAUACACUACGAACAACAGCUCAGAACAAAGGGUCUCCCUGGAUAUUGACCUCUGGGACAAGUUCAGUGAACUCUCCACGAAAUGCAUCAUCAAGACUGUGGAGUUUGCCAAGCAGCUUCCUGGCUUCACCACUCUUACCAUUGCUGAUCAGAUCACCCUUCUCAAAGCUGCCUGCCUGGACAUCCUGAUUCUUCGGAUCUGCACGAGGUACACACCAGAACAGGACACAAUGACCUUCUCAGAUGGGUUGACCCUCAACCGAACGCAGAUGCACAAUGCAGGUUUUGGGCCCCUCACCGACCUGGUCUUUGCCUUUGCCAACCAGCUGCUGCCAUUGGAGAUGGAUGAUGCUGAGACUGGGCUCCUCAGUGCCAUCUGCCUCAUCUGUGGAGACCGGCAGGACCUGGAGCAGCCGGACAAGGUGGACACGCUGCAGGAGCCACUGUUGGAGGCCCUCAAGGUCUACGUGAGGAAACGGCGACCCAGUCGACCUCACAUGUUCCCCAAAAUGCUGAUGAAGAUCACGGACCUUCGAAGCAUUAGCGCCAAGGGAGCCGAGCGAGUGAUCACGCUGAAGAUGGAGAUCCCAGGUUCUAUGCCCCCUCUCAUCCAGGAGAUGCUGGAGAAUUCAGAGGGACUGGACACUCUGAGUGGACAGCCGGGGGGCGGCGGGAGGGAAGGGGGCGGGAGCAGUCUGGACCCGCCGCCAGGCAGCUGCAGCCCCAGCCUCUCCCCCAGCUCCAACAGAAGCAGCCCCGCCACCCACUCUCCCUGACCCGACCCCGGCCCCCCCUGCGGAAACACGGACACAGCCCUCACCCCACAACUUUCUCGGCCGUCAGAAAGAAACCACCACGAAACACGGCUCCCCUCUCCCUUCGCCGCCCCCCAGGACUGAAGGAGGUCCCUGCACCUCGAGGGGGCCUGGGGUCGGGAUGGAAGGAUGGAGCCGAGUCUCCCCCUUUCCCGACAGUGGACUUACUUAACCGCAGCCUGAACUGGACGGACCUCCUUGACACGGUGGGGGGUUGGGGUGAGGAACCAAGGGCGGAGGGUGCCCUCUUCCCAAAUCCCAGGCCGGGGUGUGGUGGGAGCGGGUGGAGAGAAUGCCAUGGUCAUGGAAGCGCCUCUUUGCUCACCACUCCCCUACUCUCCACUCCGCUCCCUCCCCAAGCCUCAUGUUCAUCACCAGCAAACUCCGGGGGCUUCCGGCCCCACCAUUCUCAAAACUAGCAAGCCAUCUGCUUCCCCUCCCCCUCCCCGGGCUGGGGGAAAGUCUGGGGGCUGAGGGGGGGGUUGGGUAGAGGCCCCCAUGCUGUGGAAUCCCCUCAGGUUGGUGAUGGGGGGCAGGGCUUCUCCCCUGUAUAUACUCCGCUGAGUCCCGCCCUGCCCCCCUUCCCUUUCCUCCCAGAUAUUACCACCUCCCCCGCUGGUUUUGUUUUUAUUUUAAUUUUUUUGUUUUGAUUUUUUUUUUAAAUAAGAAGUUUCAUUUUAAGCACAUUUGUACUGAAGGAAUCUGUGCUGUGCAUUGGGGGGAGGGGGCGCUGCCCUGGGGGCAGCUGGGCUCAGAGCCUGGGGAGGGGGAGGGGAGAUUAAUGGGGGAGAGAAGAAUACCUAACCCCAAGGGAACUCCCUCCCUACUUAUUUCCUUUGCCCAUCCUUUCCCCUCUUCUUCCCUUCCCCUCCCCCUCAGGCCCAUUUCUCCUCAGUUUUCUCUCUAAAACUGUGAAAUACUGCUCUAAAGCCAACCCCUCUCUCUACACCCCCCAACAUCCCCUCCAUCACUGGGGAAGAGGGGGCCAGGCCCCCACACCGCUUCUCUACUCCUAACCACUGGGUGUGGGCUUUCCUAGAGAGCAGGGGAGAAAGGAGGCUCUUUGUAGGGGACAGGGAAGGGGCUUAUUGUUUCUCUCCCCAGCUCCUAUAGUGUGGUGCUCCCCUCUUUCCUCCCCCACCAAGGGUUGGAGGGUACUGGUCUGAGAGACUGGGGGAAAGGGAGAGGAGCUAGGCGAGAUGCACUCCCCACUCCCCUCCCCAGGCUUACAAAGUAAGCUCCGUCCCUUCCUCCACCAUAGCAGAGAGCUGAUGCCUUCCCCCCACCCCCACCACAUCAGGUCUAGCCUCCCCUUUCCCUGGGGACCCUGCCCUGAACCCACUGUGAAUGGGAUAGCCACGGGGGGGAAGGGGAGUGGGGGGCUCAGAGACGCUGACCUCUCUUGCUCCUACCCCAGCCUCACAGCCACCAGCAAUCCCUUUUUUCCCCAUCCUGGGCUGGGGCAGUGGCCACCUUACAUUCCCCCUCACACACACACACACACACUCACACACACUGCAGACAGACAAAGACACCUGAGUUCCUGAGUCAUCAUCUCUCUUACAAACUGGCCUCUUCUGCUCACCCCCACUUGCAUCUCCCCCUCCCCUUAUUCCUGUCCCCUCCUGCAGGGCGGGCAUCUGCUGGGGUGGGGUGUCCUUCCCUCUCCCUCCCAGGAUUGGGAGAGCUGGCCCUGCCUGCCUCUCCACAGGGGUCUGGGGGAUGGUUUGGGGAGAGGGUGGGGACCCCUCCAAUGCUCUCCUCACUUCCGGGCAGGCUCCCUCCUCUCCCCCAGGGAGCCCAACCUGGUGCAGCUGUUACUGUUGAACUUUCCAUUGAGAUCUACUGGAUAAAGAAUAAAAUUAUAUUUAUUCUA